UUUAUAAGCUGUGCCUGUCACUUCCGGUAAUAACACGUGUGGAUGGAUUGACAUAUUUCACAACCAAAACAUGGGAAAGCUCAACGUUGCACUUCUCCGAUAUUUGGCUAGAGAAGACUUUCGAGUUCUUACAGCGGUUGAGAUGGGGAUGAAGAAUCAUGAGAUGGUGCCGUCUCCCCUCAUCGCAUCCAUCGCCCGUCUCCAUGGGGGAGGAUGUCAUAAGGUCCUGCGAGAACUUUCCAAACACAAGUUGGUUGCAUAUGAAAGGGGAGGGAAGCGUUUUGAAGGCUACAGACUGACCAACUCGGGCUAUGACUACUUAGCACUAAAAGCUCUUGCAAGUCGGAACAUAGUCUUCUCUCUUGGCAAUCAAAUCGGUGUUGGAAAAGAAUCAGAUGUGUACAUUGUGGCUGAUGAAGAGGAAGUACAGAUGGCUUUGAAGUUUCACAGACUUGGAAGAACAUCUUUCCGCCAACUGAAAAAUAAACGUGAUUAUCAUAAACAUCGGAAGUUCACAUCGUGGUUGUAUCUUGCCAGACUGGCAGCUAUGAAGGAGUUUGCCUACAUGAAGGCUCUGUUUGAAAGGGGAUUUCCUGUACCAAAGCCUGUGGACUUCAACCGUCAUGCAGUUGUAAUGGAGCUGUUGGCCGCUCACCCCAUGUGCCAGGUCCACCAGCUCCAAGACCCCGCCACGGUGUACAGUGACUGCAUGGAACUCAUUGUUAGGCUGGGAAACUGUGGCGUCAUACAUGGCGACUUCAAUGAGUUUAAUCUGAUGGUGGACAGUGAGGAUCGAGUCACAAUGAUCGACUUCCCGCAGAUGGUAUCCAUCAACCAUCCAAAUGCUGAAUGGUACUUUAAUCGUGAUGUUCAGUGCAUCCGAGACUUCUUCCUCAAAAGAUUCACUUACGAGAGUGAACUUUACCCAACAUUUAAAGAUGUCAAACGGGAAGACAAUUUGGAUGUUGAAGUAUCUGCUAGUGGCUUCACGAAAGAGAUGGCUGCUUCAUUUGAUGAGGCUGCAGAUGACCUGGGCAUUCUCGGGGGACCGGAUUGUGGAAGAGCUCGAGAUAUGGAUGGAGAUGAAGACACAGAAGAGGAUGUUGAUGAAGAAGCAGAAACUCAAGCCCCGGUCAAGGAAGAAGGUGCUGUUGCCAUGGAAACUAAUCCCCGAGUUUCGGCAUGGUUGGCAGGAUGUUCCCAGGAUGUGGGUGCAGAUGAUGGGAGUACUGAGGCAACAGUUUCAGAGGGCUGUGCAGACAUUGUCAGCAGUAUGUCAGGGACCAAGUUGAGUUGUGACCAAUCUGAAGGAGCGGAUCAACCAAGGACAGAACCUGCAGACUUGUGUCAGCAGGAAAGUGCAGACAGCGGCUGUGACGAAGAGGAGGAUGUUGAGGAUUUGAGAGAGGUCAAUAGGUCAUAUCGGCCAUUCAGAACUGAAGACAGCAUGGCACACACAAACCUUCACCUGAGGCAGUCAGAUCGAGAUAAUGUCAGUGUGGCCAGUUCCACAAUACAUCCUGACCUCAUCAAGAGGAAGGUGAAAGGUCAGAUGAUGAGGAAAAAGAUGAAACAGAAUGCCCGACGGAUAAGGAAGAGUGGCGAGUCGUCCAUCAUGACCAAGCUGAGGCGUGAAAACCAGGAUGAUGUAAAACAGAGCUUAUCAGCUGAGUGGUACUGAGUGGUAUGGGAGCACACAGAGAUGUACCUGUGAAUGUGAUGGACAAGAUGAUGUGUGGCCAAGUGGUUAUCACGGACUGUAGUAAUGUUCACCAUGAUGAAAGUGCAGUCCAGUUGACCAGAGUUGGUUGUUGCUGGUGUUGUGUGAAUAGGCUUGGGAAGACUGGUCGGAAAAUGCCAUGUUCCUAUUUGUGUGAUUGAUCCCAAUGGGAUUCCAAGUUAGAUACAUCCACCAUCCCCUGUGCUUGUUUAAAAAGGUUACAGAGAAGAAUAUAUGGAUGAGCUCAUUGAUUUAUUGGUUUAUUGUUGUGUCAUUGUAUCCACAUGGCAUGGAUGUUUUCUGUCUGGCCUGGCUACUUGCAGGCACCUAUCCCACUGGUGGAAUGUUGUUAUGUUAAUCCACCAACAAAAUAAAGCAUGUGUUAGAUAUAUUACAGUAAAAGAUUUAGAUGAGACCGCUCCAUCAGAUAAUGCUAAGAACUGAGAUAACUGCAUGUGGUGUUUCACAAGAGGAAGAAUUAAGCCUGGCCAUGUGUCUAUUGACUGGUUGCUCAGGGAAUUCCAGGAUCUUGACGCUGAUGAUGGAUCUCCACAGACACGCCACAGGAAACAUACAAGAUACACAAAUUGCUAUACAGAGAAUAAGUGUACAGGGCUACAGAUCUUUCCCAGAAUAUUUCUAGUUUGAAUUAAUAGUUUCUAAUAUCCCACAAAUAUUUACAAGUAAAACUACUUGGAUUUUAUCAGAGCACAACAUAAUCACAGUAAUGAUAAUGAUCAGAAAACAUCAGAAACAAGAGUGCUCGUGGGAACAUUAAUUUUGGUACACACGGUAGAGGGCCAAAUAUUUCCCCUGUAUCAUCCUUAUAAAUACACCUUCAAUAAAAGCAAAAUAAUACAAUUA